AUGGAUGGAACCGGUUUUUCCACGGUUCCAACAAAAAUUGGAAAAGUAAUUGCAGUUCGUGGCAUAAAAAAGGUCGGCCUAAUGUCAUCUGCUGAACGAGGAAGGAUGAUUACUAUGACGUUGACAGUGAAUGCAGAAGGCAAUUCGAUACCGCCAUAUUUUUUGUUUCCAACAAAAAAAAUGCAGUGUUGUUACAUGGAUGAUGCAUCACCUGGAGCUGUUGGAUUUGCAAAUGAGUCGGGGUGGAUGUGCCAACCAGAUUUCGUGAAGUACAUGAAACACUUCAUUGAACGAAGUAAUUCGUCGUUGGCAAAUCCAACGUUACUCCUGAUCGACAACCACAGCUCGCAUUUAUCUGUCGAGGUUUUGGAUAUGGCCAAAAACAACGCUAACAAAGUCAUUGAAAUUCGCCAUAUUGCUAGCUUAGUGCAAAAAGCGUUGGACUUGGCACUUACUCCACGCAAUAUAAAAGCAGGGUUUCAAGCCACUGGAAUUUCGCCAUUCAACCCGAAUGUAUUCACCGACUCAGACUUCGUUCAGGCGGUAGUUGAUGGUGAAAAUGAUAAAGUUAUUGCAGCUGAGUCAGAAGAAAGUAACAUGGAAUUGCAGCGUCGCAUUCUUAUAAACGUACCAGAAAUAGUUGCGCAUGAAGAGACCAGUACAUCAAAAACAUCAAGUACGAUGUCCUCGAUUUUGUCUUCCGUCGGACCUUUGUGUGCUUCAACUCCAGGCAAAAAAUGUAAUCGUGAACCGGAAACCAAUGAAGAGGUGCGUUUUAACAUCGUCGGAAAAUAUCUCCGAAGCGAAAGAAAAGGAAAAAAAAAAUUGGUUGCUAAAGAAAAAGCCACCGCGAAUAAAGAAAAGAGGCUACUAAAAAGGAAACAACCUGCAUCGAAAGAAUCGGCACGGAAGCAACCUGCAAAAAAACGCGAGAAGAAAAAAUCGACUUCUUCUUCGUCAUCAGAGGACGAUGAUGAUGAUCAUGAUGAUGAUGAUGAUGAAGAUGUCGAUUUUUGCAUUAUAUGCAUGAAAAACAUGCCUCGCAAACCGACUCGCUACAACUCCGUCGAAUGCAACACGUGCAAACGCGCUGUGCACUUAAAAUGCGCUAAUAUGCGAACGAGUUUUUUUACCUGCGCAAAUUGUGAUUCUGAUUAA